UGGGCUCCCCACUCUCUUCCUUCUCUUCCUCCCCCUCCUCUUGGCUCGCCCGGCGCCUCGGCAUUGCAGCAAAGGAGGAGGGAAAGCGACCCGGGGAGUCCUUUCCCCGCCUCCUGCUUUUGGGGCUCCUCCGUCACGCCUCGGGGCUCCUCCUUGGAGGAAAGGAGGGAGGAGGAGGAAGAGGAGGAGGAGGAGGAGAAGCCUCCCUCCUCCCCUCCUUCUCCAUCAGUCCGCCGCUGCUUCCAGCCAGGCAGCCGCAGCGCUGAGCGAGAGGAGAAGACGCUGCAGAAACCGAAUGUGCUUUGGAAUCUCCUGCUGUUGUUUUGUAGCACACAGUAGUUCUUCAGCACAGAAUCAAUUUGGAUACGCAUUGAUUAACAGAAGAUGGAUAGAGCUUAUGAGAUGGAAGACAAGACUUCAUUAGUGAAAGGGGCUCAAGAUCUUGCCAAGGAGGUCAAGAAACAGGCAGUGAAGAGAGGUAAUAAAACUGCAGACAGGGCUCAAGAUGGGUAUAGGGAAAGAGCUUACAAUCAAUUCCAGGGUGAGGAAGAAAAUGCGUAUUACACUGAAGAAGGAAACUACGAUGGAGAAGCAAAUGAAGAUGAGGGAUCAAGUGAAGCAACCGAAGGACAUGAUGAAGAUGAUGAGAUUUAUGAAGGAGAAUAUCAGGGUAUCCCAAAUGCAGCACAGAACAAGGAAGGGAUGGCUGCCUUAGGACAACCUAUGCGAGAUGACCGUAAGGACCGUCUUGAACUGGAGACAGAGAGGAAAGCUGAUGAGGAAGAACUAGCACAACAGUAUGAGCUAAUCAUUCAAGAAUGUGGCCAUGGACGAUUUCAGUGGGCCCUCUUUUUUGUCCUUGGAAUGGCACUAAUGGCUGAUGGAGUAGAGGUUUUUGUGGUUGGAUUUGUGUUGCCCAGUGCUGAAACAGACAUGUGUAUUCCAAACUCUGGAUCAGGAUGGCUUGGUAGCAUAGUAUACCUUGGGAUGAUGGUGGGGGCGUUCUUCUGGGGAGGCUUGGCAGACAAGGUGGGAAGAAGACAGUCUCUUCUGAUAUGUAUGUCUGUCAAUGGAUUCUUUGCCUUCCUUUCAUCAUUUGUCCAGGGCUAUGGCUUCUUUCUCUUCUGUCGAUUACUUUCUGGAUUUGGGAUUGGAGGAGCUGUUCCAAUCGUAUUCUCGUAUUUUGCUGAAGUCCUGGCUCGGGAGAAACGUGGAGAGCAUUUAAGUUGGCUUUGUAUGUUUUGGAUGAUUGGAGGCAUUUAUGCCUCUGCCAUGGCCUGGGCCAUUAUUCCUCACUAUGGUUGGAGUUUCAGCAUGGGUUCUGCCUAUCAGUUUCAUAGCUGGCGAGUGUUUGUUAUUAUGUGCGCUCUGCCCUGCGUUUGUGCUGUGGUGGCACUUACAUUUAUGCCAGAAAGCCCAAGGUUCUUGCUUGAGACUGGAAAGCACGAUGAAGCUUGGAUGAUUCUCAAACAGAUUCAUGAUACAAAUAUGCGUGCUCGUGGCCAGCCUGAAAAAGUUUUCACAGUUAAUAGGAUCAAAACUCCCAAGCAGAUAGAUGAGCUUAUAGAGAUCGAAAGUGAUACGGGAACUUGGUACAAGAGGUGUUAUGUCAGAGUGCGCACAGAGCUGGAUGGUAUUUGGCUAACAUUUAUGAGAUGUUUCACCUAUCCAGUCAAGGACAAUACAACCAAACUUGCAGCAGUAUGGUUUACACUUUCUUUUGGCUACUAUGGAUUGUCAGUCUGGUUUCCAGAUGUAAUCAAGCAUCUUCAAGCAGAUGAAUACGCUUCUAGGAGGAAGAGUUUUGAAAAUGAGAAGAUAAUAGAUUUUGACUUCAACUUUACUUUGGAAAAUCAGAUCCACUUCAAUGGAACAUUCAUCAAUGACAGGUUCACCAUGAUGAAAUUUAAAGCAGUUACUUUUCAAGAUACACUUUUUAAGAGCUGUAAUUUUGAAGAUGUUACUACAUUGAACACAUACUUUAGGAACUGCAUUUUUUUGGAGACCACUUUCUUCAGCACAGAUCUUGAGCCAUACAAAUAUCCUGGCAGUGAAUUUAUAAACUGUACAUUCUAUCACAACAAGACAGGAUGUCAGAUCUCCUUUGAUGAUGACUACAGUGCCUAUUGGAUUUAUUUUGUUAAUUUUCUGGGGACUUUAGCAGUAUUACCAGGAAAUAUUGUCUCAGCUCUUCUGAUGGACAGAAUUGGGCGUUUAACAAUGUUAGGUGGCUCUAUGAUUCUUUCUGGGAUUAGUUGUUUUUUCCUAUGGUUUGGUACAAGUGAAUCAAUGAUGAUAGGCAUGCUGUGUCUAUACAAUGGCCUCACGAUUUCGGCGUGGAAUUCCCUUGACGUCAUUACUGUGGAACUUUAUCCUACAGACAGGAGGGCAACGGGCUUUGGCUUCCUAAAUGCAUUAUGCAAAGCAGCAGCUGUUCUUGGGAAUUUAAUAUUUGGUUCUUUUGUUGUCAUCGCCAAAUCGAUUCCUAUUCUUUUGGCUUCUACAGUUCUGGUCUGUGGAGGUUUGGUUGGACUUCGACUCCCUGACACCAGAACCCAAGUGUUGAUGUAACUUGGGAUGGAUUGUGGAUAAAAAGCCAUUUACAAUUUGUUUUCCUCUCUUUCCAAGUGUCAGAUCUCCUGGGUGGAUAGGCAAAGGUUUCAGAUUUUCAGAUCAUGGAAGGUUGCAGUAGUCCUACUCUCAAAAUGAAAUAUCUAUGGCAGAAGAUUAGAAAAUAGAUUUAAGUCCACUUCAAAUAUUCCCCAGAUCUUAGAAACAUUACUUUAGCAUUUUAGCCCCUGGAGGAGUUGUACUCCACAAAAAUAACUUUUCCAGGCUCUGAGCUAUAUCUGCUAGAUCCACAUCUAGCUUCACACGUCUGAUCAACUCCUAUCUCCAAUCAGCCAUAUAUUUAGGGAAUGUCUGAUGAUUUGGAGCCCACCACCUAUUAUUCUCCUAAAUGAAGCUGAAAACUCACAAAUAUGUCUAUGCACAUAAAAGUCAUUGCAUGGCAGUUCCUACUUCAGAUCUACUCUUGUGAAAAGGGAUGAAAAUAUGUUAUCGGAUGGAGAACAAACAGCCAUGGCCAUUCUCAUUCCCUCAUACCACCUUAUGCAUUCAGUUAAUGUUUGAAGUGAGUUGUUAAUCCAUUACAAACUAUAUAUGUUGUCUUUUCUAUGAUAGAGCAAAGGGACAUCCCAAUGAUCAGUUAAACUAGUGGAGUCUUAUUGAUUUCACCUGUGUUACACUAAGGUGAGAAUUCUGUGAAUUGUGCACCUUACAAGUUGCUUCUUUCCAAAUGAGUUUUUAAAAAAUUGUUGUUGAAAGCCAGUCAUGGUGGUUUCAUAUAUAACAAGUUCCCUUCGCAGAGAUUGUUUCCAUGUGGGAAAAUGUAUUUCUCAGCCAUUCUGCAGUCUCAAGGACAGUGUGAAUGCUUUGUUUCAUAAUAGGCAGAGGGGUUAAAGACAUUGUAACACCUACCAUUUGGCCAUAUGAAAACUUAAAUAAAUUGCAGCAUGAAAACUAUUCUGCUAGUUUAACCUUGUAAUGUUCACUCUGUAUAUGGAAGCCACCGAAUAAUAUCACUAUUUUGAAUUGAGCUGAUAUAAAUAGAGUCAUCAAGCCAUUUCUUGACAAUAUAUGCUAGUCUUAAUGUGUAUAAGAAGAUGCAGAAUUACCUGCAUGAGUGUACGUAACAUUAGUUUUCGUGCUUUCUUUUAAUGAUUAUUUGGGUUGGGAGUUUAGACUGAUACUUGCAGCUAAAUCACAUUUAAGAUUAAAAUAAAUUUUGCACCUUCACAACCAUACUAUUAAUUGAAAAAAUCAAAUUAAAAACCCAAUAAUAAACAUGUUUUCAAGCCAAGGCAUGCUUUCCAGGGUAAAUUUGAUUUUCUGUAAAAUUAUAAUACAGAAAAAGAGUUGUCUCUAUUUCAAUUAGGUAAUAGUAAUUGUAUCACCAUGAUGUGUGGUGAAUCCAUGGACCUUUGUGAUGAGGUCCUAAAAGAAAUAACUGUAGCACUUAGAAGAGAGUGACAAACUGCCACUCCAUUUCGAGUAUAAAUUGGGUGACUGUACUUUCUUCUUCUAUUUAGCCUGGUGUCCUUAGAGAUUGCUUUGAAAAGGGGAGAGACAUCAUUCUCAACUGUCCCAUAAACUCUGGAAGUAGAUUCAUUGCUGUAAUACUUCUACUCCACUUAGACAACACAGGAUUACUUGAACUAGGCAGAAAUAGCAUACUUCAGGACAAUCCUUUCACAGACUGUCAGACUAAGUGUUUUUUCAUCAGCUGUGAGCUAUGGUGAUUCUGAAAAAUAGAAAUGAGAUAAGCAAAUAGAGGAGAAAGUGAGUUCAUUCAUUGCAGAGGGAUUUGUAAAAUGGUUACCUUUUUAUGAAUUAGAUCUUCGAUAUGAAUCAUUCUAAGAUAGCUUUUCAGUAUACAUUUUAAUGUCUUAAUGUUAAUAUAAGUUUAAUUGCUCAUUUCAGUUGUUCCCCCAUUUUUGGACAGUGGCAACAUCUGUGAGUCUCAUAGCUUUUAAUAUUAGCCCAGCUUUAAAUAGCAAAACUAUGUUAUAGCCAAUGCCGGACAUUGAAUUCGGCCUUUCUACAGAUUUCCUUUCAUUUGGAGACGAGGAACUUUUUAUCCUGCUCUUUGCCAUAAGGAGACCUUAUGCAAUACUUCUAAAAAUCUGAAGCCUUUGUACGGAUGGGGGAGUGGUGAUCAAUCGCCAGCUGUAAACCAUGCUUUUGACAUGCACUGUCCAUUUAUAUUGAUGUGGUGUUUCGUCUGCUUCCUUCCUCUAUGUAACCACUGAAGAAUGCAGAGCCAUAACUAAGCUUUUGAAGGAAAAUUAAGCACCAGCUCCAAAGCAGGACAAAAUCUCACUAUUUUAUUAUUGUGUUACUUUCUCAGAAUCUAAUAAUGCUCAGUAUUCAUAUUGAAAGUGUUGUGUUGGGUAAUGCCUUGACACAAUGUAGGCAAUGAAAGUGGGCAGAGGUUUUGGAUAAGGUGAAGAAAGUGUACAAAGAACAACCAAAGACAUGUAUAUCCAUCUUCUUUGGGGUGUGUGACUCAUGCUUCAAGAAGACCAGCCUUGUCUCUUUGGCCACGACUCUCCCUCCUCCCUAAGUGAAUGGAAAAUUGUGCAUGGAAAGCAGGGAAGAGAAAAAGUUGUAAUAUGAAUUGGUAGAAGAGGGUUUAGCAGUCCUAAGGACAAAAAGAAAGAAAGAACGUUUGAACCUCUUGAACACAUAAUAUUUGAAAUGUAGCUGGAUAACACACAUGAUCUAACCAGAUGAUUGCCUAUGGCUUAGAUGCAGAUGUCUGAUUACUAAUAUAAAUCCUUUCAUUGUCCAGGCAUUAUGUAUGAUAUGGCCAAACCAAUUUUGCUUAAGCUAUGCUGUUCACUUUCAAGCAAGCCUUUUUCAGCAGUGACAUAAAAAUGAACAGUUGGGAUUACUUACGCAAAAUGUUUAAAAAAUAUGGACCUGAUUUGAAAUCUCUGUAUCUCUGCAACCAGGAAUGAAAGUCUUGCUACUUGAAAAUGCGGGGCACUGAGUUCCCAUAAUUGCAGCUAGAUGCCUCUCCCAGCCCACAAAUAGCCUCUGGCCACAAUUAUUUGCAAGAUGGUGACCCUGCCACAUAAGACCUAAUGAGAUAUUCUCAAUUCGUGAAAUUAUUUUUUAGAUUUGUUUCUCACUCAAAAUGAUUAGUACAGCUUGGUAACUUGAUAACUCAUUCAACGAUUUGUAAUUUUUUGUGUAAGUAUAACAUGUUGCCAUUGUGAAAUAUAUUGCUUUGAAAAUGGA